AUGCCCGGCCUGUGGGCGGGGGAAGGGGGCGGCUCGGGCAGCUCGGCUGGAGCGGCGCUCACGGGCCCAUCGCCUCGAGAGGGGAGACGCCGGCAGCUCGGCCCCGCGCGCGCUGAGACACACCGGGAGCACCGACUCGGCCACCGCCUCCCCCCGCCGCGCCCGCCGCCGCCGCCGCUCCAACUACAUCCGGGGAACUCGGGCGACGCCGCGCUCGGUCAACGUCGGCUCUUUCCGGCUCUUUCCGACGCGCUCCGUCCCCUCUGUCCCCUUUGCUCUCGGGCGACUCUGCCUUCGGUAAACAUCGGCUGCGUCCGCCUAGCCCGACGCCCCUCAGUCCCUCCCUUCGGCAAACAUCGGCUGCCUCCGCCGAGCACGACGCCCUUCAGUCCCUCCCUUCGGCAAACAUCGGCUCCAUCCGUAACGCUCGGCCCUCCCUGCCCCUCCCGCCUCGGCCCACUCUCCCAGCGCUACCUGUCUUCGGAAAACAUCGCGUUUUUCCGGAGAGACGUUUCGGCGCGGCCGUCAGGGCGGCGCCGCGUUCGGAAACGCUCGGGUAUUUCCGUGACCCCUCACGGGCCGGCGCAGCCGUUGGCGGGCGCACGGGGCCGGUUAGCCGAGGGCAGCGCGGCCUCGGUGGCAGAGCCGCUCCCUCGGUGGGGAGGAGGAAUCGCGAUCCUGCCAGGCAGAAGGCUGUUGCUGAAAGGGGACUUCAGGGAGUGAGUGCAGGAUGACUCAGCAGGGAGCCGUUCUUCAGGGUUACAAUAAUGAACUAGUGAAAUGCAUUGAAGAUUUAUGUAUGCAAAAAGAAGAACUGAACAAACAAAUCCAGCAAGCAGAAGAGGAAAAGACUAAACUCCAGCAUGAAAUCCAAGUCCUCAGUGAACAGCUGGAGUGUGUGUGUGAAAACCUGGCCCAAAAAGUGGCUUCACGGAAUGAGCUUGAUAAAAUACUUGCUGAAACUGAAGCUGCUUACAUGAAGAUUUUGGAUAGCUCUAGAACUUUACUUAAUGUCCUGAAGAAGGAAGUGGGAAGCAUAAAGCAUUCAUCAGAUCUGAAAACCAAUGUAACAUGAAACAAUCAAAUGUUUGGACUCUGCAGUGCUAAAAUUCCACUAGGUGAGAAACGUGGUCAGCCACAGAACCAUUCCACAGUAUAAACAGAGAGGGAUUUCCUUCCAGUCUUUCUGUAUGUUUUAUUAUUUUCAAAUGCACUAGAAAAUAGAUUAAAUAAAGUUGCCAUUUUGCUUUUAAAAAUCUACUUAAUUGAACACUACAAAAGUUAACAGGUAGGUAGUUGAGGCAGAUGGGAGACUGUCAGUUUUGGCAUCAUGAUGUUUCAAGGCUUAGAAAAAAGGCAUGUUUUAUUGGUUGACUUCAGACGGCUCCCAGUAAAUUUUUCUUUGAAAACUAGUGGAUGCAAGUCAAUCAGAUACUACUUAUUUUCACUUUACAAAUGCUUAGGCUUUGCUGUGGGGACCAAGUAGCUAUUUACCUUCCUGUAGGAGCUUGGAGUUCUGUCUGCUGCAUGCACAAAGAUAGCCCCGUUUACAAUAAUCACCUACUUGAAUAAUAGAGGGAUAAAAUGAGAAAUCAGGAGUCAUGAAGGGCAUGGAGGCUUAGAAUUUAGCACUGUAUGUGGUUCAUGCAUCUUCAAGGUUCAAAGCCUUGUUCAGAAAGAUGUGCUGCAGUGAAAGUCAAGUUUGGUGCAAGUGCAUAGGCAGCUACACUGUGAACACUUGGACCAGUAACUCACUUGGGGGUAAGAAAACAAAUAGGUAGCAAUUAGAAGUCCUGAAAAACCACUGAGGUCCAGUUAAAAAUACAGAGGUAAAUACAAGACCAAAGAAGAUAAUCCUGGCUAAAAGCCAGUAGUAGAAUUUCUGGAAACCUUUUUAGUGCCUUUUAGCUCUAUACUGAUCUAUUAAAUAAUUGUAAUAAGAUUGUGGAGAAUAAUAAACAUCCUGAAAUUAGGUGAACGAAAUACAAAUGAAAGGAGAAAAUAAGAAGUGGUUUGCACUUAUCAGCCAUUCUUACAGAGGACAUUAAAAUAGAACUUAGUUUAGAGCUCAGGGAUGACAUAACAGCAUAACAUAAAUUUUAAUUUAAUGGUGUUCUUUGUUCCUGCUGAACCUCUCUGUUCAGCAGAAAUCUCUCUCAGCAGUGUGUGUGUAUGUACACAUGCAUUUUGUCCUGCUUAUUUAUGUGUUACAACAGUAACUUUUUAAGCUGUGUUUUGUAGUAAAAUCUUCAUUCAGUGCCAGUUAAUUAAAUUGAAAGAAGUGCAAUUGAAAUCUCCUCACUUGAUAGUGUGUAUCUCUCAGGUGCGCAUACAGAGGGAAUGGAGAUGUGAAUAGUUCUGGUAAUAGCUCUUUGUCAAUAAUAGGGAGCAAAUUUUAUGUUCCUCUGGUUGCCAAGCUACAUCAGAGGUGAGUGUGACUGAGCUAAUCACAGUUUGCUGUGAUUCCCUCUGGGGAAUUCCCAGUGGCUAAUGCAGAGGUGAUGAGAUUACAUCAUCACAGGGGUAUUGCUGUUGUAGUGUUGCAGCACUAAGGAUCACUUUGUGUUGAAGUGAAACACAAAAUUAUUGCUAUUUUUGGCAGCAGAAAAAUGAUUUGACUGGACAUUCUAUGACAUUCUGCCUGCCCUUAGACUGGUAGUAGUAACUAAGUAGUAACUUAGAUUUACAGCUAAGUAGGAAGAUUCAGGAAAAGUACUAACAGAAGAGCAAGAACUUUGAGUUACAAAUAUAAACUGCUUCCUCUUACUAGCUGCACUGGAAUUCGAAGUUGUGAAAUACAAUUUAUACCACAGAAAGCUCAUUUAUAGAGAACAGUACAGUUAAUUUCUAGUAUUGGUCUCACACAAUAAUUACAGGUUCGUUUGCCUUAGAAUAAUCAUAAAUAAUGCCUCUUGUUCUACUGAAGCUGAUAAAACUGGAAAAGCUUUAAGAGAAGCUUUAAGACUUUAAAGAAAUCUACUUCACAGCCAUUAUUUGGUCUAGUUGUAACUAUUAGAGUGUCAAAACUGAGUAACUGGAGAUGUUUGAAAUUUUUUUUACAAAACUAAGGGAAAAAUAUAACUGUCGGCUAGUACUUGUGCUCAUACUGGGGCCUCCCAACAUUCAAAUAAAAAGUUGGAAUGUUGCUAGAAUUCCAUUCAGUGAUCCCAAUCUAAAAUUCCAUUUAAAUUCACAUUUAAUAGUGGAGAGAAAUAAGAAAUCUCUAGGGCUUGCGUAUUUUUAGAAUAACUCCAAAAUGUGGCGGUCAUGGUGCAUCUGUAGAGUUGCUACUCAAAAACAGUGUUUAACAUUGUAUUCUGUAUUGACCCAAAUGAACCCUUUUAUUCAAGUGGUUACCUUUUUCAUUGCUUUUUCAGACACUAUAAAUCUGGUAGCUUUUGUUCAACAACUUCACUCUGUUCAGAAGACAUGCAGGCUAAGUUUGUCCAAAGUAUUGCUGGAAGAGAAAUGGUAGUUUGCAGAUGGCAGCAGCUCUGCAGGGAUAACCUUAAACAGAAAGUUUACCUGGAAUAAGGCAGGCCAUAUGUUGAAAGUAUCAUACUUAUUCCUUAUUUAAUUUUUAUAUUGAAUUUUUAUGUCUCUCUGAGUUGAACCUGGUGCUUCACUGGAGUGCUUACAGUCUAGGAGCCUUACCGACAAAAGUUGGGUUCCUAAUGUAAACUGCUGUGUUGGGUGUUCUGUAUCUUAUUUUUCUUAUUUACCUUAUUAGUUUGUGAGGAGACAAUUUUUGAAACUUCUACCUGUACCUGAUUCAGAGAUUUAGUGAAAUGCAUCUAGAGCAUUGAUCUAAAGUCCUGAAUUUAUGUAAAGGCACCUUUACCUGGUUUCCAAAUAACAGAAUGUAACUGGAAGAGAUCUGAUGAUUCCCUGUUUUUGUAGCAAUGCUUCUUGAAAAUGUGCCCAGCGCUUAAAACACCAGUGAUCAACAGUUUUUUCAAAACAUUUGGCUGUGUGGAAGUAAUUAUAGGAACCACUGGAUGAAGUGCUUAUGCCAGCAGCCAUUCACACCCCAUUGCUGUCUGUUUUUGGAGGUGCUUACCCUGCAGUUCAGGUACCUCCCACAUGCAGUUUCUGUUAAUCACCUUACAGAAAUGGAGGUGAGUGGACUGGGGCUUCACCCUAAUUUUAAGGGUAGGGAAUAAAUAGAAGGUAUGGAUGUGAAGUCCUGGUUUGGGAAGACUGGAGCAUGAGGAGGUAUGAUAGGUGGAGUUUCUCAUUUCUGUCUGCUCUAAGUGUACUUCUGCUGAGCUACUGGCUACAGUUCUUGCUACCCAAUAAAUCAGAUUUUAGAAGUCAUCUGAGCAUCCUCUGAACUCAGGGGAACUUUCUCCCCUUUAAGCCCAUUGACAGUCAGCAAAAGAGGCAACUUGUAUUUGGUUUUCUCUUUCUGUCUUAUUUCUUUCUGUUCUAACAGGAGGCUGUGGAAUCUGAGCUUUCUGUUUGCUGGGUAAGUGUGCUGCCAGGCUCACACAGGAUGCAGUGCUGUUGUUUCCUGUCCUGGUUCCUCUUCUGUGAACAGUCCUCAGUGAACUGCUCGAGUUUUAUAAAGAGCAAGUUCUGUUGAUGUAUUCUGUAUGUCAGAUUGACCUUGGAGAGUUCAGGCAGAGGAUUGGCAGGUUUUUGGCUCUUGGUAAAUGCAAAAGAUGUGUUUCCUUGGGCUAGGAAUUCUUCAGACCAGGAAGACUAGGCAUCUUCAAAUACCCAAAGAACUGUACAGUCAAACAGUGAGGCAAGCUGUAGUCUAAACCCAGGUGACUGGAUCUUGGGUUGCAGUUUCAGAACUGAGAAUCUAUUCCAUCUAGGUCUUAGGGUACAAGUGUAUUCCACACCAAAUCGAUUUAAGUGGAUUAAGUUAAACUGGAACAAGGUGCAGGUAAUUCUGUAACAAGAACAUUCUGAAGAAUGUUAGCCAAAGGAUCAAAUGCCUACAGUUAAUUCAUCAUACAGAUGAGUCUUGUGCAGAAGACCAAUAUCUAGAACUCCUUAGAUGAUUUUGCUUGUUAGGAGAGUUUUGAGUGAUAAGGUGUAGCUUGUAGCAGUUACUUCAACUUGGAGUAGAUCCUAGAUUCUUGGGGUUUUAUGCAAGAAGUAGACAAAACAGUUAUUUUUUAUAAUUUAUUUUGUUUUUUAAAAUUUCUUCCUUUUCAGGAAUGAGCAAAGAAGUGUUAAUAAAUACUUUAGUGUUGA